CAUUAACUGCGGGCUUUAUGUGCGUGCCUCGACAACUGCCGAUUAUUAGAAACACAAUUAUGUGUUGUUCCUCAUUAUUCUUGAGUCAUGACAUACACUUAUAUGUACACUUUGCACAAGUAACUGGACCUGCAAAACUGGCAACGAGCUGGUUCUGAAGUAUGUAACUCGUGAGUUUGGUAAGUGCGAAGACGAGUAAAUCUAAAUCAAGAGAGAAAGUGAAGGGGUACGGCAUUUUGUCAAAGGAGGAAGAUAUAUGUGGUUGAUACAGAAGAAAUAAUAAAGCUGUCCUUCUGAUUACUGACAGUAUCGACAUGGACAAAAAGACCCAGAAGAAAAGACCUAUACGAAUCAAGAUCAUAAGCAUGGGCAACGCAGAGGUGGGAAAGAGCUGUAUCAUCAAAAGAUACUGUGAGAAGAGAUUUGUGAGCAAAUACCUAUCAACCAUUGGCAUUGAUUAUGGUGUUACCAAAGUGGUGGUUUCUGGUCGAGAAAUCAAAGUCAAUAUCUUUGAUAUGGCAGGCCAUCCUAUUUUCUAUGAGGUCCGCAAUGAAUUUUACCGUGAUUCUCAGGGAGCAGUCCUGGUGUUUGAUGUGUGUGACCGGAUUAGUUUUGAGUCACUGGACUCAUGGGUGCAGGAGAUGAAUGCAGAGUUUGGUGACAAGACAGAGUGUGACAACAUUGUAGUUUGCGUUUGUGCAAACAAGAUAGACUGCCGACCCAGGGUGGUUGAUGAGGUUGAGGCCAGACUCUGGGCUGACUCUCAUGGUUUUCACUACUUUGAGAUGUCUGCUCAGACUGGUGAGGGUGUGAACGACAUGUUUCAGGCACUGUUUGAUGGUGUUGUGACAACUGUGGAGAAUGGUGGCAAGAAGCAACCAUUUCAGACACAACUUGGCUACACCAAAGAGCAGAUUGACAUUAUCCAGCGUCUGAAGAAUUCCAAGACAGAUUAUGAGCGCCUUGGAGUUGCACCAGGUGCUUCCAAAGACGAUGUUAACAAGGCCUACCGCCGAAUGGCUGUGCUCCUUCACCCUGACAAAAAUGUUGCUCCAGGAAGUGAAGAGGCAUUCAAGCUACUUGUGUCUGCGCGCACAGCUCUCCUGAAACGCUGCAGUUGAAACCAGCUGUUAAGUUGUUGUCAGUAUUAUGACUUAG